AUGAAUGACUGGCGACCGGUUCGAAUUGUUGCGGCCGCGGAUCUACGCAAUUUGCAUCGAAUUGAAGCAAAUGGUUUAAACGAUGACCAACCUACAACAGUAUGUUUAGUAAAACUACUUUCAUUGAACUUAAAAGCCUAUAUUAUAGUGUUAAUAACUAACCUAUAUUGUGAUUUUAGAGUAACGAUAUUCCAAUUAAUUCUCAGUAUUACAACGAUUUCAUCAAUACAUAUAAUAGCCACGCAUAUCACGGUGGGACUUUGGAUGCUGGGCUAGAACGACGGCAUAGCCGGUACAACUUGCAAUUUUUAUGUUAAACCUGCAGUUCAAAAUUUUUACUUUAAAUUUAAAGUUUUAUAACAACUAUGUUGUCUAUUCAACGUUUUUAGUUUUUAAAAUUUUACCAAGUGACACAUUAUACGUCGUUUAUUAGUUUUAGAUUUGGGUAUCCGCUACAAACCGCUCACCGUCCCCGAUAUAAUAACAGAUCUCAAAGCCGUUUCUACAGGUCAUUUUCCGGACCUUUUAAGUCGCCUGCUCCAUUGUAUAAUAAACGGCGUGCUACCCGACCAGUCAGUUAUAUUGUAAGCUCGAACGUCAGUUUUGAAGAUAAAAACAUAUUUUUUUUGCAACUUAAAGUUAUUUAAGUAAGACAUCUUUAAUUUACUGCCAUUUUAGCCUUCAAACCCUAUUUACGUUGAAAAUUUCUCACCUCGGGCUCCAAUCUAUCCAGUUUACACGGAAGCGUUUGUGCAAAGGAGUGGACUCUACCCUCAGUAUUACCCGCCGUUCAAAUACACACCGACGUAUCAAAGCCAGAAUGUGCCCGAGUAUCAACGCAGCGACAAAUACCCAUUUUUUGUUAGAAUUUUAUUCAAGUUAAUGCAAAUUGUAAGUUUAUUCAGCUAAGGAGUUGCGCCUUUUCAAAAACUUUAAAAAAAUUAUUUCCUGAUGUAAAUUAUACUUAUACAUUCCACUUACACAUGCCUUAAAUCGUACCUAAUGCCAGCCUCAAAAAUCUCAUGAUUUCAGAUUUUUGCAGUGAUCUCAUUAGUUUUAAUAAUUGGACCUUCACUAGACUACUCUUUAGCUGAAUUUAUGCGUCGAAGUAAUACCGAAUGGCAAUCCCUAGUGUUGGCUAUAUUGGCUGUACUGGGCGCGGUUGCUUUUAUUAUGUUAUUUGUAAACUGUUGCAUAUCGCAACAUUCGAUAUGGCGUAAAAUUGACGUUGUAAUGUGUGCCGUCGGUGUGGUGUUAAUGUUUAUUGCAACGGGAUUAGAAGCUUAUUAUGCCGCAUGUUAUCCACCAAACGGUCCGAAAAUAGCGUUAGUGUGCUACAAAACUGAAUGGAUCUUUGCUGCGGUAAGAAGGGUGUACCUGUUUUUUUAGGUAUUAAAUGAAAACAUACGUAUUUAAAAAACAACAGGAUUGCACUUUUCCAAAAAAAAUUUUUAGGCUAUCUGCUUCUUGGACACUUUGGUUUACGUAGCCGACUUGUGUUUUCAGCUGCGCAGCGGUGUUACCUUGCUAUAG